GGAACCCUGUUGCGCUGGGGUUUGUUCCCACACGGCGUUUCGUGUAGAGGCACCGUGUCACUUCCUGUUAGGACUCUCAGCAGAGCCGAAGCUAAUCAGCUGUUAGCCGCUUUUUGUCAACAAAUGUGAAUGUGGCGCAAACAUUGACACACAACAAUGAUUCCGUACACGGUCAACAUCAAACUAGCGGCUCGGACAUUGACUGGCACUCUCAAUUUGCAGAAUAAAACCGCCGUGGACUGGGGUUGGCAGGGGCUGAUAGCUCAGGGAUGUCACUCCAGUAUUCUCAUCAUCGAUCCAAAGACAUCCCAGACCAUUCAGGUGUUGGAGAGGCACAAAGCUAAUGUGGUCAAGGUGAAAUGGUCUAGGGAAAACUACUACCACAACCUGAGCUCUCCCUACUGUCUGCGGCUGGCUUCCGGAGAUGCCUCAGGGAAGAUCAUAGUGUGGGAUGUGGUCAGUGGCACUGCCCACUGUGAGAUUCAGGAGCACUCCAAACCUAUCCAGGACUUGGAGUGGUUGUGGAAUCAGGAUGCCUCUCGCGAUCUGCUGUUAGCUGUCCACCCUCCCAACUACAUCGUCCUUUGGAAUGGAGACACGGGCACCAAGCUGUGGAAGAAGAGCUACGCUGAAAAUAUCCUCUCCUUUUCUUUUGACCCCUUUGACCCUUCCAACAUGGCGUUGCUGACCAGCGAAGGAAUAGUCUUUAUCACAGACUUUACUCACUCCAAACCACCAGGCAGCGCUGGCAAAAAGGUUUACAUCGCCAGCCCCCAUGCAAGCCCUGCUCACACCAAACCUGCACCUGCCACUGCUCCCGCCCCUACUGGUGCCAAGAAGGCCCUCAACAAGGUCAAAGUGCUCAUCACCAAUGAAAAACCCACUGCGGAGGCGGUGACGUUGAAUGACUGCCUCCAGCUGUCCUACCUGCCAUCCAAGAGAAACCACAUGCUGCUGCUUUAUCCACGAGAGAUCCUCAUCCUGGAUCUGGAACUCAGCCAGACGGUGGGCGUGGUUGCCAUCGAGCGCUCCGGGGUGCCCUUCAUUCAGGUGAUCCCCUGUGCUCAGCGGGACGCCCUCUAUUGUCUCCAUGAGAACGGGUGUAUCACCCUCCGAGUUUGUCGCUCCACUACCACCGCAGAGGAAGCAACAGACCCAGAGCAGAGUGUUCACGAGCUUGUGUACGACCUGCGUUCUCAAUGCGAUGCCAUCCGAGUCACCAAGACAGUCCGGCCAUAUCGUAUGGUCAUCUGUCCUGUCAACGAAAACAACGCUGCGCUAAUGGUCAGUGAUGGCAGAGCCAUGUUGUGGGAGCUCAAAGCCCACACUGGCAAGGCUGCUGCCAAUCCUAGCUCGGGUCUUUCGCCGCUCUACUCCCCCGUGUCGUUUUGUGGAGCUCCACUGGGUCCAAACCAGAAAAGGAUUCAGGAUCUCUCUCUCAACAGCAUGAUCGGUCAGACCUUGAUAGCUGGUGAGGCUCCUCCUCCAUCAUCCAACCAGCAAGAGGUCCAGCUGAAGUUCCUGCUGACUGGCCUGCUGUCUGGACUGCCGCUGCCACCAUUUGCCAUCCGCAUGUGUCCACCUCUUACAACCAAAAACAUCAACCACUACCAACCCCUACUGGCUGUAGGCACCAGUAAUGGCUCUGUACUGGUUUAUAACCUGACGAGUGGUCUGCUCCACAAAGAACUCAGUGUCCACUCUUGUGAAGUCAGGGGGAUUGAAUGGGUGAGUCUUACCAGUUUCCUAUCUUUUGCCACUUCUGCUCCCAACAACAUGGGCCUGGUGCGAAAUGAACUGCAGCAUGUCGACCUGCCUACUGGCAGAUGCUUUGCAUUCAGAGGCGAGCGUGGAAACGAUGAGCCACCCAUUGAGAUGAUUAAAGUGUCUCAUCUCAAACAGUACCUGGUGGUGGUGUUCAGAGAUAAACCCCUGGAGCUGUGGGACAUCAGGACGGGGACGCUCCUCCGAGAGAUGGCUAAGAACUUCCCCACCGUUACGGCAUUGGAGUGGUCCCCAUCCCAUAACUUGAAGAGCUUAAAGAAGAAGCAGAUGGCAGCGAGGGAGGCCAUUGCUCGGCAGACGGUGUCAGAUGCCGAGCAGAGUAGCGUUGAAUCCUCAGUGAUCAGUCUCUUACAGGAUGCAGAAAGCAAGUCAGAGACCAGUCAGGCCAUCUCAGCCAGGGAGCAUUUUGUAUUCACUGACACAGACGGGCAGGUCUACCACAUCACCGUAGAGGGCAAUACAGUCAAAGACGGUGCACGAAUUCCCCCUGAUGGUAGUAUGGGCAGUAUCGCCUGCAUUGCCUGGAAAGGUGACACCCUGGUGCUCGGGGAUGUGGAUGGCAAUCUCAACUUCUGGGACCUCAAAGCUCGGUUGUCAAGGGGAAUACCAACACAUCGUGGCUGGGUGAAGAAGAUCCGCUUCGCUCCGGGAAAAGGCAACCAAAAGCUGCUGGUCAUGUACACGGAUGGUGCAGAGGUCUGGGACACCAAAGAGGUUCAAAUGGUCAGCAGCAUGCGGAUCGGCCGCAAUGUGAACUAUCGCAUCCUAGACAUUGACUGGUGCACAUCAGACAAGGUUGUGCUGGCCUCUGAUGAUGGCUGCAUCCGAGUGUUGGAGAUGGCCAUGAAGUCUGCUAGCUACCGCAUGGAUGAGCAAGACCUGACCGAUCCAGUGUGGUGUCCUUACCUUCUGGUGCCCCGUGCCGCACUCACUCUCAAGUCAUUCCUCCUGCUGCAGCCCUGGUCAGGAACCUUCACCAUGGAUAUCACUCAGGUAGACUACAAUGAGAAAAAUGAGAUAAAAGGCCUGAUCCAGGAGCAGCUCAACUCCUUGUCAAAUGAUAUGAAGAGUGUGCUGCAAGACCCAGAGCUCAGUCUGCUUCAGCGCUGCCUCCUGGUCUCAAGGCUGUUCGGGGAUGAGUCAGAUCUUCACUUCUGGACAGUGGCGUCCCACUACAUCCAGUCGUUUGCCCAGGCUCGCCAGCUGAGCAUGUCGACUGCGGAGGUUCAGGCUCAAAGUGAUGGAACCCAGACGUCACCUCAGAACCAUCUGGACAUCUGCCAUGACGUCCUGUGUGAGAGCUCCUACUUCCAGAAGUUCCAGUUGGAUCGGGUUCAUCUGCAGGAGGUGAAGCGCUCCAGUUAUGAACACACUAAGAAAUGUGCCGACCAGCUCCUCCUGCUGGGUCAGACGGACCGGGCAGUGCAAUUACUGUUGGAGACAAGUGCUGACAACUCCAGCUACUACUGUGAUUCACUCAAAGCCUGCUUAGUGACCACCAUCACCUCUUCAGGCCCUUCACAGUCCACCAUUAAACUAGUGGCCACCAACAUGAUUGCCAACGGCAAGCUAGCAGAGGGAGUACAGCUGUUGUGCUUGAUUGACAAGGCGGCGGAUGCUUGCCGCUACUUGCAGACCUACGGGGAGUGGAACCGUGCUGCCUGGCUGGCUAAGGUGCGUCUGAGCCCGGCAGAAAGCUCGGAUGUACUGAAGCGAUGGGCCGAGCACCUGUGCUCCCCGCAGGUCAACCACAAGUCCAAAGCCAUCCUGGUGCUGCUUUCCCUGGGCUGCUUUUACAAAGUUGGAGAGAUGCUCCACAGUAUGAGGCACUUUGAUCGUGCCGCCCUCUUCAUCGAAGCCUGUUUGAAGUAUGGGGUUAUGGAGGCCAACGACUCUUCCAAUAAACUCAUCGAAGCAUCAUUUCUGGACUACGCACGGCUGCUCCGCACGCUGGGCCUGAGAGAGGGUGCCGCUCUGUGGGCAUCACGGGCCGGCACCGCUGGCGAGCAGCUGAUGGAGGAGCUGUUCCAGGGAGAGGGGGGAAUACCAGAAGCGGUUUUUGGCAAAGAGGAAGUAGUGAUGGGCCAGGAGAGCACCGCGUGACCUCCAAAGAUGAGGUCUGGAAGAGAACACACUCUUUUGGUGCAAAUCUAGGGUCGUCCAUUCAGUCCAGCUUCUAUAAUGUAACCAUUGUGAAUUCGCUCUGAGUCGGUAUCCAGGGGGAUUAUGAACAUCAUCUCCUCAUCACGAGGAGAGAGGAGAUCGGAUGAGUUUUCUCCAUGUGAAGUUCGUCAUUGGAGUCUGCCUGUGUCUGUGGCUGUAAUGACGUUUCUUAAUGUUUAGUAUGACUAGUGUGUUUGUGUGCAUAUGUGUAUGCAUGUAACAGCCCCAAAAGAAACACACUUUUGUCCUGAUUCCCCCAACAAGUGAAAUAAUACACAUUAUUGAUAUUGGUCUACUUUUUUGUUGUUGUUGUUCUUGUUGGUUGAUGAAUUUAACUCAUUAGAUUUUUUAAUGGUUGCUGGUUGAGCUUUAUUUUUUGUGCCUGUAUUAAUAACUUCAAAGUGCUGUUGUAGGUCUACAGAUUUAAUUAUCCUUUUUUGCUGCUGGGAUUAAAUGUGGCGUGAUGAAUUUAAAAUAAUACGUUCCUCAUGUAAUUUUGAAAAUGCACUGCCAUUAUAGAAGGUCUCCCUAACUACUCCAUGACUGAAUUCCAAAAUUAUUUUUAUUUUUUAUUUUUUUUGCACUUUUGAUUGAACCAAAAACACUGCGUUAUUUUAAUAACUUUGCUUCCUCUGCCCUCCCUGUAACAGACACAAUAAAACUCCAGACAGACACUUGCUGUAACAGACUGGAUGUUUAAUCCACAGCAGGGGAGGUGCUCUAUAAAUGACUGACCAAAGCCUGCUACUGCACAAGCCUGUAAAUUAGUCAGCCAGGCCACUCCGCCCUUAUUAGACACUUAUUAGUUAAAUUAUCUCUCUAUUAAGAGUGGGCCCGCUGCCACGUGGAUGACACCAUUUAAUUAUCUCAUGUAGCAUUCAGUUCAGUUAACCAGAUUUUGUCAUUAAUCCAUUCCAUUAAAUUAAUUUGUAUUUUUUAAUUUUCUACUUUUAUGAAGACUCGAGGGGAUACUUUUGCUCUCUGUAUUCUUUGGUGUUUGUUCUCUGGCGUGUGUGUGAGUGUGUGUGUGUGUCUUGCAAGAAAAGCUGUGAUGUGUUGUUACUCAUUUUAAUCAGACCUCUGAUGGAACCAUUUACAAACGAGUAAUCUGUGCUGCUGCCACUGUCGCUCAGUCAUCACAAAAAUGACUGACUCACAGUUUAGGACCUGGUUUAGACCUGCAGCCACCUCUCCUCUCCUCUGCUCUGCUUUUGCCUCAUCUUUACGUAGUGAAUAUCUACCGAUCAUCAAAAUCAUCUGUGUGACAAUGCAAAGACUUUAGUGAUUGUUGUGUUGAAUUGCCUUCUAAUGUGUUAAGUUGUCCUGAAACAAGACAGUAACUCCAUCCACAGGACCUUUUCUUGUGUGUCAUUGUGUUUCAUAAACACGUCAGUGCUGUGUUACAGUUAACCCCAGGCAGUGUCACUAUGGCAACCCAGGCCUAUUUUUGGGGACUACAUGUUAUUCCUGUAGAUCCAUUUCACAUAGCUCCACUUACAUACGGUAGGAUCUCGAGAGUCCAGCAUAGAGUUACAACCCAACAGAUAAUCAGCUGUAGUUUACUUGAUGCUGUGUGCCCUCCUCCAAUCAUGUCAUACAGUAUUGUGGAAGCACCAUGUACUGUACUGCCUCUUUAUGAUUAGGCACUAGUUUGAUUAACACUUGCUGCUUUUCUUUGUAAUUAGAUGAAGUAAACAAAGUUUAGCCUUUUUUUUCAUUGUUCUCUGUAUAUUGUUAACAUGGUGAUCCUAAUGCUUUAAGCAACAAAAAAAAAAUAUUACAAGUGAAAAAAAGAUAUACUGUAUGUAUAUAUGGAUGGCAAUAAAAUCAAAAUUAUUAA